UUAAUUCCCCAUAGGCUUCACCUGAGUGAUCACUGUCAGAGAAAACUAGUCACAGCAAACAAAGCAGCACGCAGGCUCUUCCAGCUUCUCUUUGAACUGCCUGCUUCUGCAUUUAGGGAUGGAAUCUCCCCUACUGCCAGGCCCGGGGUCCCCUAGACCUGUGCCCUUCACAGCAAGUUUCAAGACCCAAGUAAGACUUCGCUUUGGUUUAUGGACUCUGGUUCAUCGUGCUGAGUUCAGGUUCUUGAUACUCUUCUGUACCGAUUCCUGCUUUGCUUAUUACAAGCUUUCAAGUGCUUCUGAAGUACCAGCAUCUUAACUGACUGAUGAACUGACAAUACAAGCUUUAAUCCACACUGCUUCUUUAGACUUAUACUUGAUGAUGGAAGAUCCAAAGAAACAGCUGAACUGGGUAGAAAAACCCAUCAAAUCCGAAUAACUCAGCUAACACAUUUUGUAACCAGUGUGUUUCUCACAAGCAAUAGGAUUAAGUGGAUCAGCUGGCAUGCUUUGUGCCUGGUGAAAAGAAGCUUAUUUAAAUUAAGAGGGCCAGGGAAUCUGUGUCUCAAUCCAGAAAGAAGAUGGGUUGCACAGAAGACCUUGACUAUCCUCAAAUCAUUAUGCAAUACAGCAGUGGAUUUUUAGUCUCAAAGGUUAUGUUCACUGCCUGUGAGUUGGGGGUGUUUGAUCUUCUGCUGGAAUCAGGAGAACCUCUGUCUUCAGAUUCCAUUGCUGCAUGCUUGGAUACCAGCACAACCGGGAUGGAAAGACUGCUGGAGGCCUGUGUGGGACUGAAGCUCUUGGCAGUAGAGGUGACACAAAAAGGAGCUCUCUACAGAAACACAGAAAUUUCCAACAUCUACCUUACAAAAUCAAGCCCAAAGUCUCAGUAUCAUAUGAUGAUGUAUUAUUCCAAUACAGUCUACUCGUGCUGGCAGCACCUGACUGAAGCUGUGAGAGAAGGAAGAAACCAAUAUGAAAGAACUUUUGGCAUUUCAUCUAAAGAUCCUUUUGGAGCAAUGUACAGAUCAGAAGAAGAAAUGUCAAAAUUCAUGGCUGGCCAGAACUCAAUAUGGAGUAUAUGUGGCAGAGAUGUUCUUGCUGCAUUUGACCUUUCUUCUUUCACGCAGAUUUAUGACCUGGGAGGAGGUGGAGGAGCUUUGGCCCGGGAGUGUGUUUCUUUGUAUCCCAAUUCCACAGUCACAAUUUAUGACCUACCAAAAGUUGUGCAAGUGGCCAAAGAGCAAUUUGUUUCCCCUGAGGAGCGUCAGAUCGCAUUCCAUGAAGGAGAUUUUUUUAAUGAUUCAAUUCCUGAAGCUGAACUGUAUAUUUUAUCCAAGAUACUGCAUGAUUGGGAUGAUGACAAAUGCAAACAGCUGCUGGCAAAAGUCUACAAAGCUUGCAAACCUGGUGGUGGAGUGCUGCUGGUUGAAUCGCUUCUGAAUGAAGAUAAAAGUGGGCCUUUAGAAACCCAACUGUAUUCGAUGAAUAUGUUGGUCCAGACCGAAGGAAAAGAGAGAACAGCAGCAGAGUACAGCAAGCUCCUUGAGGCAGGUGGCUUUGGAACGAUCCAAGUCAAGAGGACUGGAAAACUCUAUGAUGCUGUUCUGGGAAGGAAAUAAUAGUACACCUUUUAUGUACCUAACAAGACAGAAGAAGUGGGGAAAUGUGCUAUUCUCUUAGAAGAGAAUCAUCAACGUUGCUUUUAGUUAAGGCAGCCAACUUUUUUGUAAGCUGAUAUGUUAACAGAAGAAUCACUAAUUACAAAAUUUUAAUGUGCAUGUACUGUAAGUCUGGCAGCCUGACCAGGCUUGCCUUUGGAUCUGGAAGGGAGAGAAAGAAAUCAACACCUGUUCCACAAGGAAAACCCACAAAAGAAAUGUGCAAUGUGUCUGCUUCAGAUUUUAUUGUUUUCUCUUAUUUCAACACUGUAUCUGACAGAAGUAGAGCUGAAUUUGUACUUGAAUUCCUGCAAAAUAAAACUG